CCCCAUUUUAUCAUUAUCCAUACAAAUAGAGAUACAAAAAUACAGAAGCAAAUCCUCUAGUCGCAAAUCACCAAUAGCAGGCAAAAUCUGCUAAUUAAAAUACUUAGCGCUCUUCUAAUAACUAUAAAGACACUUUAUAAUUUAUCUUCUAAUAACUACAUCAGUUCUUAGAAAUGGGGUCCGUUAACUUUAUUAACGAAGAACGGCCACUCAAAAUUUACUUCAUUCCAUACUUAGCAUCCGGCCACCUGAUCCCUCAAUCCGACAUAGCAAGAUUAUUCGCCUCACGUGGCCACCACGUGACAGUUCUCACCACUCCCUCCAACGCCCAACUCUUCCUUAAAUCAAAUCCCUACCGCCACCACAACUAUCGGGUUCAAACCUUCCAAUUCCCCUCCGAUCAAGUAGGCCUUCCCGCAGGCAUCGAAAACCUCACCGGCAUCACAACGGUAGACGACUCCUACAAACUCUAUUCUGGAACCAUGCUUCUCCAAGAACCCCUCACCAACUUCAUCGAGCAGGACCCACCAGACUGCAUCGUGGGAGAUUUUCUAUACCCGUGGCUCCAUGACCUCGCCAUCAAGCUCAGAAUCCCGAGGUUCGCCUUCAACGGUUUCUCUCUCUUCACCAUCUGCGCCAUGGAGUCCCUCAGAUUACACCGUAUGCAACCUACCGGCCCUUACCUCAUUCCAGAUCUUCCUCACAAAAUCACCAUGAACGCAGUACCGCCCAAGUUUCCCAAAGAUUUCCUCGAAGUCCUGUUGGAGACGGAGGCUAAAAGCGAUGGACUUCUUGUCAACAACUUCUUAGAGCUUGACGGAGAAGAGUACGUCCAAUACUACAAGAAAAUCACAGGUCACAAGGCUUGGCAUCUUGGUCCUGCAUGUCUUGUUCGCAGAACCUAUGAGGAGAAAGCAGAGAGGGGCCCUGAAAAGAGCGUGUUGAAUGUUGAAGACUGUCUGAGUUGGCUCGACUCGAGAGGAGCCAACUCAGUAGUCUACGUCAGCUUUGGAACCGUUUGCCAUUUUCCGGAUAAUCAACUGUACGAGAUAGCAUGCGGCGUGGAAGCGUCGGGUUGCGAGUUCAUAUGGGUGGUGCCGGAGAAGAAGGGGAAGGAGAGUGAGAGCGAGGAGGAGAAGGAGAAGUGGCUGCCGAAGGGGUUCGAAGAGAGGAACAAGACGAAGGGUAUAAUUAUAAGAGGGUGGGCCCCGCAGGUGUUGAUAUUGGGGCACUCCGCCGUGGGUGCCAUGCUAACGCACUGUGGGUGGAACUCGACGUCAGAGGCUGUAAGCGCAGGGGUUCCAAUGAUAACAUGGCCGUUGCACAGUGAUCAGUUCUACAAUGAGAAGCUGAUAAGUGAAGUACGAGGAAUUGGGGUGGAGAUUGGUGCAGAUGAGUGGGGCGUUUAUUGUUACGGUCAGAAGGAGAAGGUAGUAGGGAGAGUAGAAAUAGAGAAGGGUGUGAGGAGGUUGAUGGACGGUGGAGAUGAAGCCGAGGAAAUCAGACGGCGUGUUCAAGAGUUCAAGAAGAAAGCUAGAGAAGCUGUCCAGGAAGGUGGGUCAUCUUACAAUAAUUUAACGUCUCUUAUUCAGGAAAUAAAAAGGUUAAGAGACUCUAAGCUACACGAAUUUGAGUAAAGUGAUUUCAUUUUCAUAGAUUGCAACGUGGUGCUUAAAUUGGUAGUAGUUAAUGAUUGUUUCCAAACCAAUAAAGGUAUAUAGUGGGUAUGAAUUAAAGUCUGUAAACAAAAUUUGUAUAAAAUUGAUUUCGAUCAGGAAUGAUUUGGUAGUAAUAUAAUUUAUGUUUGGUAAUUUUUAUAUUAAAAUAUAUUAUAAUAAAUUAAAUAUUGUUUGAA